GUCGAGUGGUCUGUGAAUGACGACGAAAACCCUCGCAACUGGCCCAACUGGCGCAAGGCCAUCCGCAUCAGCUUAGCCAUCUUUCAAGCUGUCAUGAUCCACUCUGGCGCUUUUAUCCUCAUUCCCAGUCUCGCGAUGAUCAGGAACCUGCCCCAAGCUGACGACAGCCUGGAGCUGGCGGGCUUUGCUCUGUCGGCGCACCUCGUCGGAUUCGCCGCCGGGCCGCUGUUGUGGAGACCGCUGAGCACACUCAUCGGCUCUCGCCUUGUGGAUCUCAUUACUGGCGCGGGCUUCGGAGCUCUUACACUCUCGUCCCUUGCCCCCGUGCCUCUCGCGGCCUUCAUCGUUCUCCGUUUCUAUGCCGGGGUGUUUGGCGGCGGCGCGUUGGCCAAUGGCCCGACUAUCAUUGACGACUUGCUGCGGCGACGGGCGCGAAGUGUAUGCCAGACUCUAUACCUGUUGGGCCAGUUCGCGGGGUUCAUCAUUGGGCCUGUGGUUGCCAGGUUAACAUCUCUGACCGCGAGCGAAGACCACUGGCGCUACCUCUUGCUCAUCCCGGGCGUUGGUGUUCUCGUCUCGGUUGCGGUUCUCGGCAUGCUGUGGCGCACUGCCGGAGAGACCUACGCUCCCGUGUUGCUCGAGGCCAGAGCCUCGGGCCUCCGUAAUCGACACAGCAACAACCAAUACCGCUCGCGCUAUGACACCGGCUUGACCCCUUGGCAAAGCUUUCGACAGAAGGCUGCAGAGCCCCUCAAGCUCCUCUUUACCGAGAAGGAAUGUGCUGGGUACGCCGCCUUCGCAGGUUUACUGUAUGGGGUGCAGUACUUCAUUCUUACAACCAUG